UUGCUAAGUUAUGUAUACAUUAAUAUUUUUCUAUGUUGCAGCAAAGGGAAGACUCCACGGAAGCCUGGGCCGAAAAAGGCAUCCAGCAUAGAGAAGGAUCCAGUGGGAGUUUACUGCCGUAUCCGUCCACUUGGUACUGAAGAUGAGGAGUGCUGUAUUGAGAUGAUCAGCAGCUCCACGAUUCAGCUGCAUGCUCCUGAUGGCCUGAAAGCCAACCGUAAUGGGGAAUACAAGGAGACACAGUACUCCUUUAAAAAAGUGUUUGGUAUUAACACCACGCAAAUGGAGCUAUUUGAGGAUGUGGCCAAGCCUCUGGUGGAAGACCUCAUUCACUGUAAAAACGGUCUGCUCUUUACAUAUGGCGUUACUGGAAGUGGUAAAACCUUCACCAUGACAGGCUCACCGGGAGAAGGUGGCCUCCUCCCACGUUCUCUGGACAUGCUUUUCAACAGCAUCGGCCCUUUUCAGGCCAAAAGAUUUGUGUUGAAACCCGAUGACAAAAAUGGAAUAGAAAUCCAGGGCCAGGUCGACGCUCUCCUCGAGAGGCAGAAGCGAGACAGUCAGCAGUCGGUGCCCAAAACGCCGUCUUCCAGGCAGAAGGCUGACCCAGAGUUUGCAGACAUGAUCAGCCCGGCGGAGGCGUGCAAAUCUGAGAGCAUCGAUGAAGACUGUUCUUACAGCGUGUUUGUGUCCUACAUCGAGAUCUACAACAACUAUAUCUAUGACCUCCUGGAAGAUGCUCCCUUUGACCCAAUCAGACCAAAACCGCCUCAAUCCAAGAUUCUUCGUGAAGACCAGAAUCAUAACAUGUAUGUGGCUGGCUGCACUGAAGUUGAAGUCAAAUCUACAGAAGAAGCUUUUGAAAUCUUCUGGAAAGGACAAAAGAAAAGGAGGAUAGCAAACACCCAGCUGAACCGUGAAUCCAGUCGCUCCCACAGCGUGUUCACAGUGAAGCUGGCCCAGGCACCACUCGACGCGGACGGGGACCACAUUCUGCAGGACAAAAACCAGGUGAAUGUGAGCCAGCUGUGUCUGGUGGACCUGGCUGGCAGUGAACGCACCAGCAGAACCAGAGCGGAGGGAAGCCGGCUCCGUGAAGCAGGUAAUAUUAACCAGUCUCUGAUGACUCUGCGCACCUGUAUGGAAGUCCUGCGUGAGAACCAGAUGUGUGGAACUAAUAAGAUGGUGCCGUACCGGGACUCAAAAGUUACACAUCUCUUCAAAAACUACUUUGACGGAGAGGGAAAAGUUAGGAUGAUCGUGUGUGUCAAUCCCAAAGCUGACGAUUAUGAAGAAACAAUGCUGGUGAUGCGCUUUGCAGAGAUGACCCAGGAGGUGGAGGUGGCUCGGCCCGUUGACAGGCCGAUCUAUAGCCUUCCAGCAGGGCGCCGGCACAGAAACCAGGCGUUCAGAGAUGAGCUGUCACGCCGCCUGGAGGAAAGAGGAGGUCCAAGUAAUGCCGAUGACCCAGCUCUGCUGGAGCAGCUGAUUGAGAGCCUCCCGCCCUUGCCUCACUGUGAGCUGCUGGACCCGGCAGAUGACCAGACGCUGCCCCGCCUGAUCGAAGUCCUGGAAAGGCGCCACCGUAUCCGCCAGAUGAUGACCGAGCAGUUCAAUCAAACUGCCAAUCAUCUGCAGACCAUGCUUCAGAGGUUCGACAGUCAGCUCAGCGCUAAAGACACCUUCGUCCAUGACCAACAAAGCAAACUGAGUGAGAAAGAAAAAGUCAUCGUCAGCCAGAAAACAGAGAUUGAACGUUUGGAGAAAAAAUCCAAGACGCUGGAAUACAAGAUCGACAUCCUGCAGAAAACCACAGACAUGUACGAGCAGGACAAACGCUCCCUGCAGCAGGAGCUGGAGACCCGGGAGCAGCGGCUGCACAAAGAGCUCUCCGACAGGAGGCGCAUGGAGCAGCGCAUGCAGGGCAUGGUGACCGACACCAAACUCAAAUGGGAGAAGGAAUGUAACAAGCUGUGGGUGAAGGAUGAGAAGCUGAAGCAGCUCAAAGCCAUAGUGACGGAGAGCAGCGGCGGGGUUCCCUCCGACCGGCCGCAGAAGCCCGAGCGCCCGUCCAGAGAAAAGGAUCGCAACAUGGCCCAGAAGCGCUCCGCCUCGCCAUCGCCACUUCCUGAUAUGAGCCACACUCCCUCCCACCUUAACCCGUUCACUAUCAGAGCAGUUCAGGACCCUUGCCCUUCUUCCCCCCCCUCCUGCUCCUCUUCCUCUUCAUCCUCCUAUCCCUCAGUAGCCUCCUGCAUCUCUGAUUGGGAGCACAAGUUCCCAGUAGACUCAGUUAGCCACCCAGGGACCCCCCAGGUCAGGACUCGGACCCCUGCCCCGGGCCACAGCAGCGUGGGGCGCAGGAGAGGCCAGCGCUGGGCUCCAGACGCUGAGGCCCCCGCUGCCACUCUAGUCUAUCGGCUAGACCUUGAGGCAGGCACAAGGACGGCUCCUCCGGUUCGGCCCACGCACAGGCGCUCGCGCUCCGCGGGCGGGGACAAAUGGGUAGACCACAAACCGCCCUCUAAUUUGGACCUAGACACUGUAAUGCAGCCAAUCGUUCCCAAUGCGAUCAAGGUGUCGACCCCGAACGAGAAAGCUCUGUCGAAAUGCCACAAGUAUGUGCUUCGGCAUCAAGAGCUUGCCUCUGACGGGGAGAUCGAAACCAAACUGAUUAAGGGCAAUGUUUUUAAGACCAGAGGUGGAGGGCAGGCUGUGCAGUUUACUGACAUCGAAACACUAAAGCAGGAGUGUCCAACAGCACCAAGGUACCGCAUUAACCCAGGAAAAAUACACCACGAAAUCGUCUGUAAAAGAAUGCAAGUGUUAAGGUUUCAGCAGACAUAUUGA